AAUCUAAUUUUCUCUCUCGAUUAAUUACUUCAGGUUCUUUACAGUCUAAAAGAAAAGAAGAACAUACGAAGAAACAUGAAGAAACCGCUCAUGCGCAUACCCUACACCGAUAUCCUACCCGCACCUAAUAUCAUCCCACACACGGCCCGCUCCCUGCCCGGCGCCAUCGCCGCCCUGCAGGAGUUCCUCCACGCCCCGUCGCCCCGGGACCUGCCCCGCUCCACCGUCGUCCUCACGGGCGCGGGCCUCUCGGUGGCGAGCGGACUGGCCGACUAUCGCGGCCCCAACGGCACCUACCGCGUCAACAAGACGUACCGCCCCAUCUACUACCACGAGUUCCUGACCAGCCACGAGGCCCGCAAGCGCUACUGGGCCCGCAGCUUCCUCGGCUGGACCACCCUGCGCAACGCGCAACCCAACCCCGGCCACUACGCGGUCCGGGACCUGGGCCGCCUCGGCCUCGUCUCGGCCGUCGUCACCCAGAACGUCGACUCGUUCCACCCGCGCGCCCACCCGGACAUCCCGACGCUCGAGCUGCACGGCUACCUGCGCUCCACCGUGUGCACCUCCUGCCGGACCGAGAUGCCCCGGGACGGCUUCCAGGCCGAGCUGGCGCGGCUGAACCCCGUGUGGGACGCCUUCCUGCAGGAGGCCCUCGCGACGGGCGCGCUCGAGACCGAGGACCCCCACGAGAGGCGGGCGCGCGGGUUCCGGGUGAACCCGGACGGCGACGUGGAGCUUCCCCAGGCGCCCUACACGACCUUUCGCUACCCCGCGUGCCCCAAGUGCCUGAGCGACCCCCCGUUGCUGGCCGACGGCAGCAGGGCCGCGGUGGAGGUGGACAACGACGGGGCCUGGAGCCCGACGAGCAAGGCCGGCAUCCUGAAGCCGGCCGUCGUCAUGUUUGGCGAGAGCAUCGCAGACGGCGUCAAGAAGGCGGCCGAGGAGGCCAUCGACGGCGCGGGAAAGCUGCUCGUCCUCGCCACCUCCAUGGCCACCUAUUCGGCCUGGAGGCUGGCCAAGCGCGCCAAGGACAGGGGGAUGCCGGUCGCCAUUGUCAACAUCGGCGGCGUCAGGGGCGAGGAGGCCUUCUUCGCCGGCUUGGACCCGGAUCAGACGGGUGCCCAGGGCGUGAGGCUCGAGAUGUCGACCGAAACCUUGCUGCCGGCUCUCGUCAGAGAGCUUCGGCAACAACCGAUUCUCCAGAAUGCGGAGCCAUCAUCAGCCGAGGCGGCCUCGUUUCUGGAAAACGAUGCCGCCGUGUUCAAAAACAUGUUACAGUAG